GCGCGCCGUCAGCCAUCAAGGCCCGCGCCGCAUCGCAUCGCCAACAGCACCGACGGUCGCCACUCCACCAAACGCCAUGUCCGCGGGUGCCUCGCCAGCCUCAAGCACCACAAACGUGGAGCGCGACCACGACGUCGGUGCAGACACGGACCCGCCCGAGCUGUCGGCCCUCUUCCUCAUCCGCUUCGACAAGAAGGUCGGCUAUACGGUCGCGUGGAAACGCUCAAAUGCCACAGUCCCGCUCGACGGCGCCGUCGAAUACAAGUCGCUCCCCUCCGGACUCCACACGCUCACGUCCGACCUCGUCUAUUUCGUGCACGAAGGGUACGCCGGGCUAAGCGCAUACUCCAAGGGCGAGGCGGGCGCGGAGGAACGGAACGCACAGUUCGUCAGCGUGGGCAUUUUGGUCAGUCGGGCAUAUGGGCGCCUGGGUCGCAGUUGGCUGCUCGCGAGCAAGCUGCAGCAACUCGCAGAAACAUUGGCAGAGGAUCCAGAACGGACAGCUGUGCUGGAGGAAUUCUGGGAACAGCAGAGCAGCGGGAGAGCGGGAACCGACAAGGUCGGGUCGUCGAAAGGCGGGGAGCAAGGGACCAACGGUAAGGCUGGGAGAAAACGGGCGCUGAGCACGCUCACGUCGGUGGUGCCGAGCGAGAAGGGAGGACUCGCGGCCGACCACCCUGCGCUGUCGAUGCUGAAAUACGUCGAUGUUCUGGGGCCCUUAGUAUUCAGGCUGCAGCAGGCUGCGCUAUUGAGGAAGAGGAUAUUGUUUGUUGGCGCACCGCCAGUGCGGACGUGCUGCGAGUUCGUGUACAACUUGUCCGUGCUAUCCAGUAUACCACCACAUGCUGCCGAUGUGCUAUCACCAGGCACAGAAACGCUCCUCCGUCUACCCUCUCUAUUCUCUAUCGGUGUUCACGAUAUCCCCGAAUUGGAACAAUUGCAAAUGCAGAAAGCGAAUGGCGCGACAGAGACGGGGGAGGACAUUCCAAGCCCAGGGUGGGUGGCUUGCACGACGGACGAGAUCAUUACCACCAAGAAGAGGCUUUUCGACAUCGUAGUGAAAAUGCCGGAGACGUACGAUGCACCCCCGCAGAGGAAGGUUUGGCCCAUCAUGAAGACCUCGGACGGCACGCAAAUCAAAGCAAGCCAGCGGGAUCUGUGGCGAUGGAAGAUGCUGCAGCUAGAGCUUAGGAAACACAGACGCUCGCCUGGCGAGGACUACAACGAAGAUGAGGGCGAAGACGAGCAGGCGGCGUUGAUGGGACCCAACGAGCGAUACGACGUGGAAGAUGACUUGAGCGUCGAUGACAGCAUGGUCGAAUCGACGACGUGGCCGCAACUUGCCUACAGUGGCUUCAUGUGGUGGGCGUCGGCGGGCGAACAAGACUCGUACACAACGACGGAACGAGAGCGCGACCGCGACCUCCUCGGAGAUCUAUCAGACUACGCAGACGCGCUGCCCACUGCCAUCAUUGCGUACUUCCACCGCUCGACAACGGAGUUGAUACAGACCCUGAAUAGUAUCAUCGAAAGAGCGGACGAAGAGGAGGCGGAGGAAGACGACGGAACGCUGCUGCUCGACAAGGGAGACGUGUCCCGGAUGGGUCUCGAUACGUGGAGCGAAGCCGACAGGGCGUUCCUGAGCGAGUUUAGCUGGAUGUGGUGCGGGCGGGUAGUGGACGUCCGGGGCACGUCUGUGGACUGCUGUGGUGUGAGGAUACCCGUUUUCUAGCGCAUUGAGACUUGAUAAGUGCACCUAAACCAGCACGGGUGGUGUAAUUACACGAACCGCUAUCCCCAUGACGUGAGUACCCGGAUGCAUUGGGUUGUACAGCGGCAUAUACGGGAUGGAAGAUAUCCUGUGGCGGCAUUGCUCGGAGAACAGGCAGCUGCUCCGUGCUGGGGGAGGCGACGUGCAGAACAAAGGGCGUCAGUGUGCAGCCGUCAAUCUCGGAUUGUCCACUACAGCGAUGGCACUUGCCACCAAGACGCAGCAUUCUGCAGAGGCCGUGGAGCAAUAUGCGGCCUGCAGAGAAAUACGAGCUGGAGGGUUGACGUAGUUCGCCGCCGACUUCGGCGCAGGGAUUGCCCCGCAGCAGAACGGGCAGCGCAGUGCGGGGCACGUGUGGUCAGUGGAUUUGUGCGCGG